GAGAUGAAGAGCAUUUGACGUAAUUGUUUCAAGAUUAUGGUCCACUUUAGACAAUAUAUAUCGGAUCUCAGUAGCUGGAAAUACGUCUGUGACUUCUGCUUCGAAGAAGAGAAGUUGAAAACGGAGAAGAAAACAAAACCCAUAAAGAAUCUGCUUUCGGCGAUAUUGGCUUUUGAGAUUUGACUGCGACGUCCCACGUACUUUGCUUCUGCUUCUUGAGAGAUUCAGGUGGGUUUUGAAUGGUAAUUUGGAAACAACAAACUCAUGGAUCAGGCAAAGCAGAAUUCCCUUGAAGAAACUCCAUGGCUUCUCCAUUUCAUACCAUCAAAUGAUGUCGAGGGCUUCAAUAAUCAGAGUCAACAAAGUGAAGAUAAAACUCUGAAUUCAUCAGCUAUGGUUGCUGGCACUGCUGAAGUUCAAAGCCAGAACAGAGAAUCUCAUCAGAGGAAAGAUUCUGCCUUUAUUAGCAUGCCAUCUUCUCCCUUCAGGAGUGAUGAAGUGAAAACUCCUAAAAGGGUUGCUUUUAAUCUAAAGGAAAAAGAAUUUGGUACAAUGAUUUCAGAUUCUACCGUGAAGGGAAUUCCAGUGUAUGCAAAGUCUCAUUCUGAGCCAGUACCUAAAGGGUUUGUAGAAGGGACGGUUGAGAAUAUAAACUUCACCCAGCAUCAAAGUUUAGACAGUAGUUACAGGGAUAGAAGCUUUGAUUCUUUCAAAACAUGGUCUGGGAAACUCGAGAGGCAGCUGACAAACCUUCGCGGUGGCAGGCCACCGGAAACUGGACCAGAAGAGAAAACCAAGAAAUCUGAAAAGGAAACUAGCUUGCCUGUGGAUAGAUACUUUGAUGCAUUAGAGGGGCCUGAGUUGGACACCCUCAGAGCUUCGGAGCAGAUUGUGCUUCCUGAAGACAAGACUUGGCCAUUUCUUCUCCGUUUUCCAGUCUCUUCAUUUGGUAUGUGUCUUGGAGUUAGCAGCCAAGCAAUUUUGUGGAAAACAUUGGCCACCUCUGAAUCCACAAAAUUUCUCCAUAUAACCCCACUUAUAAAUCUUGUUCUCUGGUUCAUAGCUGUUGCUCUUGUGAUUGUUAUCUUUUCAAUCUACCUUAUGAAAGUACUUUUCUACUUCGAAGCUGUUCGUCGUGAGUAUUACCAUCCAGUUCGUGUCAACUUUUUCUUUGCUCCUUGGAUUGCCCUACUGUUUUUAGCUCUAGGAGUCCCAUCUUCAAUUACUAACAAUUUACCUGUAGUCCUCUGGUAUGUUCUUAUGACUCCAAUAUUUUGCUUUGAGCUUAAAAUCUAUGGACAGUGGAUGUCAGGAGGCCAGCGCAGGCUUUCAAAAGUGGCUAAUCCUUCAAAUCAUCUCUCAAUAGUUGGUAACUUUGUGGGGGCAUUAUUGGGGGCAUCCGUGGGGCUAAAAGAAGGCCCUCUUUUCUUCUUUGCUGUUGGCCUGGCUCACUACAUAGUCCUAUUUGUUACUCUUUACCAGAGACUUCCAACAAAUGAGACGCUCCCGAAAGAACUCCAUCCUGUGUUCUUUUUGUUCGUUGCAGCACCUAGCGUUGCGUCUAUGGCUUGGGCAAGGCUGCAAGGUUCCUUUGACUAUGGCGCACGAAUCCCCUACUUCAUUUGCUUGUUCCUUUACUUCUCACUGGCGGUUCGAAUCAAUUUUUUCCGAGGAUUCAAGUUCUCAUUGGCUUGGUGGGCAUACACAUUCCCAAUGACAGGCGCUGCCAUUGCUACAAUUAGGUACUCAAAUGAAGUCACCAAUGUAGUAAGUCAAACUCUUGCUGUCACACUCGCUUCAAUUUCCUCGCUUGUAGUAUCAGCUCUGCUUGUAACUACAAUGGUGCACGCCUUUGUGCUCCGAGACCUCUUCCUUAAUGACAUUGCCAUUGCCAUUAGUGAUAAAAGGCCAAAACAGCAUCAUCACACUCACACAAGGUGGCUCCAUAAUCUAAGACAAGGUAUCUCAGACCACAAAGAUAUUGAAAUUUUCUUGAAAUUUUCUCCGGAAGCGAAGGAAGCAGAGGCUUCUGCGGAUCCUCCCAGCAAUGAGAAUAAAGUGUGAGCUUUAAUUUUGCUCAAGUAGUGUCCAGAAGCAUGUGUUAAAUGCUUGAUCCUUGCAAUUCUCUGAAUCUUCACCAUUGAUUCAUGUGAGGAACAUAUAAUACUCAGAAAAAUUUUAUGAUGAUUCAUGCAGCAGAGAUGAUGUACUGUAAAACAGUUUUAUAACUUAAUAAUCAGAUGGUAUUUUGUAAAA